AGUGAAGAGUAGUGUGAGAAAGUGUGGUGUUUGAAUAUGGCAGAAGAGUUGAAGGUUGAGAUCAUUGGAAGAGAAAUCAUAAAACCAUCUUCUCCAACUCCGUCUCACCUUAAAAUAUUUAACCUAUCUUGUCUCGAUCGGAUUAUGGUUGGAGUUUACACCUCUUUGGUUCUUUUCUACCCCAACAACAACAACAUUCUCACGUCCGACAAAAUAUCUAACCACCUGAAGAAAUCUCUGUCUGAAGCCUUGACUCUUUUCUAUCCGCUUGCCGGGAAAAUCAAGGACAACACCGUCAUCGAAUGCCAGGACGACGGAGCUACGUAUGUCGAAGCGAAAUUCAAUGGCCUCCUCUCAAGCUUUCUAGAUCAAGACCACAAAGACGAGGCACUCAUAGGGCGGUUCCUUCCAGCCGCGAUGGAAUCCCCGGAAGCAGGCACAUGGCCCUUAUUGCUUGUUCAAGCCACUCACUUCGACUGCGGCGGAGUCGCAAUAGGCGUCUGUAUGUCGCACAAGGUCGGCGAUGCAGCCACGCUGAGCAUAUUCUUGAAGACCUGGGCUGGUAAUGGGAUUCCAGAUUUUGAAGCGGCUUCUUACUACCGUUCUGGAGAUACCUUCUCGUACGCGCCUCCUGCCUCGUCGGUGGUGGCCGAAAGGGCAGAGCACGGCGUCGUGAAGAGAUGCUUGUUUGAUAAACCAAAGAUUGCGGCUCUCAAGGCCAAAUUUGCAAGUGACAGCGUCAAGCAACCGACAAGGGUUGAAGUAGUCACCGCCCUCAUUUUGAGAUGCCUAGUGGAGGCUAAUUCACGAUCAACCUCGGCAACUCCGGUGAAGCCACGGUACUCUCUCAUGACGCAAGCCGUGAACCUGCGGAAAAGACUUGAACCACCGCUACCAAAUAACUCUGUUGGAAACUUCGUGGGGUUAUCUGCAUUGCAGGUAGAGAAUGACAUUUAUAACGAAACUAGUAUUGAGGCAUUGGAGUGUCAACUGCAGGAUUUGGUGGCUAAACUAAGGCAAGGACUCAAAGACUUCGCCCAAAACAAAGCGGAGAGGUUCCGAGGGGACGAGGCCGACGGACUCCAAGCUGUUGUUGAGUCGUUUAGAGAAGUGGAAUUAUUUACAAGAGUUGGUGCGGAGUGGAUUGCGUUUAGCAGUUGGUGCAACUUUGGAUUCUACGAGGUUGACUUGGGUUUGGGAAAGCCAAGUUCUGUGACGAUCCCGAGUUACACCUACGAGAACUUGAUUUAUUUGAUGGACACUAGAGAUGGUGAUGGAGUGGAGAUAGUCUUGACUUUGAGUAAGGAAAAUGUUGCCUUAUUUGAGAAUCGAUUACAAGAGAUUCUCUCAUUGGUUUCUUUAAAUUAAUUUCUAACUCUUUGGAAACCAUCAACGGGGAACACAAGUAAUCUAAAGUUUUUUUUUUUUUUUUAAUUAUUGUUAUUUGCUGAGUCAUUUUGAUCCGGCUGUCAUCUUGGUCUCAUUUUGGUCAUUUAUGUUUUCUUGUU